CAACAUGAGCCAGUUGAUCAGCCACAUUAGGGGGUGAAUGCCGCCUCCUACUCAAAAGCAUUCCCCUGCCCCGACUUUCACCACCCACAUCCAUGCCUCUCACUCCGUUGAGCAGUUCUCUCGCCCUCCGCGAGCGCCAUGGCCACAUCAAACGAUUUCGACGACGGUAUCGACUUUGCCGAUGAGAGUACGAGCAAAAGCUCUCCCAGCACAGACAAGCGAGAGGCCGAGGUCCACCGACUCGCCCGCGAGUUUACACAGCAAAGCGUCUACUCGACCGACGGACAGAAUCCCUUUACCGCAGAUGUCGGAUCCCCCUUGAACCCGAAUGGCGAGAGCUUCAGUGCCCGCGCAUGGUGCAAGGCCAUGCUGCAGCUCCAGACGCAAGACGACCAGGCCCAUCCCCCUCGCACCCUCGGCGUCGCCUUCAACGACCUCAACGUGCACGGUUUCGGAUCCGAUACGGAUUACCAGAAGAGCGUGGGCAAUGUCUGGCUCCAGGCUCUAGGUCUAGUGCGCAGGGCCUUUGGUCAGCGGCAGCACAAGAUCGACAUCCUGCGUGGCCUGGACGGCUUGGUGGAGGCUGGCGAGAUGCUGGUCGUUCUCGGACCCCCGGGAUCGGGCUGCUCCACCUUCCUCAAAACCAUUGCUGGCGAAACCCAUGGCUUUUAUGUAGACAAGAACUCGCAGCUCAAUUAUCAAGGCGCGACUGCCAAACACAUUGCCCGCAAUUUCAGAGGAGAAGCAAUCUACACCGCAGAGGUCGACGUCCACUUCCCCAGACUCACCGUUGGAGAUACCCUGUUUUUCGCCGCGCGCGCUCGCGCUCCGCGUCACAUACCUGGAGGAGCAACCGUCACCGAGUACGCAUCACACAUGCGGGACGUUAUCAUGGCCAUGUUUGGAAUCAGCCACACCAGGGAUACGAUCAUCGGCAAUGAUUUUGUGCGCGGGGUGUCUGGUGGAGAGCGCAAGCGUGUCACCAUCGCCGAGGCCUGUCUCAGCAUGGCCCCUUUGCAAUGCUGGGACAACUCCACGCGUGGUCUUGACAGCGCUAAUGCAAUCGAGUUCUGCAAGACGCUGCGCAUGCAGGCGGACAUCAACAACACCACUGCGUGUGUAUCCCUCUACCAAGCCCCCCAGGCAGCCUACGACAACUUUGACAAAGUCCUUGUUCUCUACAAAGGUCGGCAGAUCUACUUUGGUCCUACUGCUGCAGCAAAACAGUACUUUUUGGACCUCGGAUUCGCCUGUCCAGACCGGCAGACUGAUGCGGAUUUCCUUACGUCCAUGACAAGCCCCAAGGAGCGGGUUGUGCAGCCGGGGUUCGAGCAUCAAGUUCCCAAGACCCCCGACGAGUUUGCUGCACGAUGGAAAGCCUCGCCAGAGCGAGCACGCCUGGUCCAAGCCAUUCACUCGUACAAUGAUCGGUACGCCGAUGGCCAGCAGCUGGAAGCGUUCAAACAGUCUCGACGCGCUCAGCAGGCCAAGCUCCAGCGAGUCACGUCGCCGUACACUCUCUCCUAUUUUCAGCAGGUCAUGCUCUGCCUGUGGCGUGGCUACCAACGGUUAAAGGCGGACCCCAGCAUCACCAUCUCUUCCCUAUUUGGAAAUUCUGUUGUCGCACUCAUCCUGGGUAGCAUGUUUUACAACCUCAGGGACGACACCAACAGCUUCUUCCAGCGGGGUGCACUGCUCUUCUUUGCUGUUCUCGUCAAUGCCCUUGGAUGUGGUCUGGAAAUGCUCACUCUCUAUGCCCAGAGAGGCAUUGUUGAAAAGCACGCGCGAUACGCUCUGUACCAUCCAUCUGCCGAAGCCUUUGCCUCGAUGUUGAUGGAUAUGCCGUAUAAAGUUCUCAACACGAUAAGCUUCAACCUCAUUCUUUACUUUAUGACCAACUUGCGAAGAGAGCCCGGGCCUUUCUUCUUCUACCUGUUUACCUCGUUUAUUCUGACCCUUACCAUGUCCAUGAUUUUCCGGUCAAUUGCAUCCCUGACACGGACACUGGUGCAAGCCCUGCCCGCCUCCGGGCUCAUCAUCCUGGGCCUCAGCAUGUACACCGGGUUCGCCAUCCCCAUAGACUACAUGCUUGGCUGGGCCAGCUGGAUCCGGUACCUGAAUCCGAUUAGCUUUGGCUUUGAGGCUCUCAUGAUCAACGAGUUUCACAAUCGUGAGUUCCGCUGCGUCAACUAUGUCCCGUCCGGCCCUGGGUUCUCUGAUGUCGGACCGGAAAACCGCGUUUGUUCGACUGUUGGCUCGAUACCCGGGCAGCCGUUUGUGAACGGUGACAAUUACAUCGAGUCGCUUUACGCCUAUGUCGCCUCGCACAAGUGGCGGAAUAUCGGUAUCAUCUUCGUGUUUAUGAUUGGCUUCAUGCUAGUCUAUCUGGCUGCCACGGAAUAUAUCACUGAGCAGAGGUCCAAGGGCGAGAUCCUGGUGUUCCGCCACGGGCACAAGGCUCUGAAGAGCAAGGCACGGGACGACGAAGAGGAUGGCAGUGAACGCAGCGUUGCAGCGGAAAAGACCGAGUCCGACGACAUUGCUAUCAUCGAACGCCAGUCCGCCAUCGUCCAGUGGAAGGACGUGUGCUAUGACAUCAAGUUGGGCAAGGAGAGCCGCCGGAUCCUGGACCACGUCGACGGCUGGGUCAAGCCAGGCACAUUGACCGCGCUCAUGGGCGUGUCUGGCGCAGGCAAAACAACCCUCCUUGAUGCCCUCGCCACCCGCACCACCAUGGGAGUCAUCAGUGGAGAGGUUCUGGUCGAUGGCAAGCCCCGUGAUGAGUCGUUUCAGCGAAAGACAGGGUAUGCGCAGCAGCAGGAUCUGCACUUGAGUACGGCGACAGUCCGCGAAGCGCUGACCUUUUCUGCUCUUCUGCGACAGCCUGCUCACGUUCCAUGGCAGGAGAAGGUCGAUUAUGCUACUGAAGUCAUCAAGUUGCUGGAUAUGACCGAGUAUGCUGAUGCUGUCAUUGGCGUGCCAGGAGAAGGACUCAACGUUGAGCAGCGGAAGCGCCUGACCAUUGGUGUCGAGCUCGCUGCUAAGCCCGCUUUGCUCUUGUUUUUGGAUGAGCCGACAUCUGGUCUUGACUCGCAGACAUCAUGGUCGAUUCUCGAUCUGCUUGACAAGUUGAAGAAGAAUGGCCAAGCAAUCUUGUGCACGAUUCAUCAACCCUCUGCCAUGCUCUUCCAGCGCUUCGACCGUCUUCUCUUCUUGAAAUCUGGCGGCCAAACCGUGUAUUUCGGGGACAUUGGCCAGAACUCGGAGCUGCUCAUCAACUACUUUGUGCGCAAUGGCGGACACCCCUGCCCUCCGAAUGCCAAUCCCGCCGAGUGGAUGCUCGAAGUCAUCGGCGCAGCUCCCGGGUCUCACACGGACAUUGACUGGUUCAGCACAUGGCGCAAAUCUCCAGAGUACGCAGCAGUCCAGGAGCAUCUCGAAGAGCUCAAGCAGGAGCGCUCCCAGCUGGUCGACCUCACGCGCACCGAAACCGGCGCCAAACGCCAGGCCAAGGCCGACUAUCGAGAGUUUGCAGUGCCCUUCCUCGAGCAGUUCUGCGAGGUCCAAAAGCGCGUCUUCCAGCAGAUCUGGCGCUCGCCCAUGUACAUCUACUCCAAGACGGUACUCUGCGCCACCUCGGCCCUGUUUGUGGGCUUCUCCCUCUUCCGCUCCCCCAACUCGAUCCAGGGCUCCCAGAACCAACUGUUUUCAAUCUUUAUGCUUCUCACCAUCUUUGGCCAGAUCGUGCAGCAGAUAAUGCCCCACUUUGUUGCCCAACGCGACCUCUACGAAGUCCGCGAACGCCCAUCAAAGACCUACUCCUGGAAGGCCUUUAUGAUGUCCAACAUUAUCGUCGAACUGCCCUGGAAUUCGCUCAUGUCCCUCAUCAUGUUCCUCUGCUGGUACUACCCCGUGGGUCUGUACCACAACGCCGAACCAACCGACACCGUGACCCUCCGCGGCGCGCAAAUGUGGCUCUUCAUCUGGACAUUCCUCCUCUUCACCUCGACCUUCGCGCACUUCAUGAUCGCCGCCUUCGACAACGCCGAAAACGCCGGCAACCUCGGCAACCUCCUCUUUAUCCUCUGCCUGCUCUUUUGCGGCGUCCUCGCGACCCCCGACCAGUUCCCGGGCUUCUGGAUCUUCAUGUACCGCGUCUCCCCCUUCACGUACCUUGUCAGCGGCAUGCUCUCCGUCGGCCUGGCGAAUACCCUCGUCACCUGCGCGGACAACGAGUAUCUGCACUUUGACCCCGUCAAUGGGACCUGUGGCGAGUACAUGGAGCCGUACCGCGCGGCGAACGGCGGGUAUGUGUUGAAUGAGGCGGCGACGGCGGACUGCUUGUUUUGUCCGAUCCGCGACACGAAUACGUACCUCGCGACGGUGUCGGCGAGCUAUGGGGAUGUUUGGAGGAAUUGGGGGCUGAUGUGGGUGUAUAUUGUGUUUAAUAUCGUUGCGGCGUGUGGGUUGUAUUGGUACGUGAGGGUGCCGAAGAAGACGGAUGUCAAGAAGAGCGAUGGCAAGAAGGAGUGA